AUGAGUUUUCAGCAGGAUUCAAACAAGAAUAUGCGCGACCGGUUAUCUGAAUUUCAGAGCAGAGUAACGGAUCGAUUUGAUGAUGUCGAGUUAUCUGUUGCACGACCCGUUUCGGCUGCCGAGCAUGUUGAUAGACGGCUUCAAGAAGUAAGAUCGGCAAUGGAAAGUGUCCAAAGCGAGAUUGAGGCGCUUCGCAGAAAACAGCAACAUAUUCUUGCACUCACCGUUGCUGAUCCAAGAGAUAAAGAUGUGCUUGAAGAGCAAAUUGGUACUAUUCGUCGUCGAACGAACGAUUUACGUAAGUUGGUACGUCAAGCCGAAGAUGAUUUCACUGAGUUUACGAGAACAUCUCAUUCGAACACGGAAGUGAAAAUUCGCAAGAAUCAAAUCGACUUGCUCAAAAAGAAAAUGUCAGAUUUGAUUUAUUUGUUCAACGAUACACAUUCGGAUUAUCGAUCGCGAGUAUCAGUGCGCGUUCGACGACAACUUCAAACCGUCGGCAAAAAUUUGACUGACGAUGACAUCGAAAAAAUUAUUGAAAAUAGCGGAUCGGAGCAGCUAUUUUUCGGCGAAGUUAAUCUCUUGACUGUUUCGAACCGAGCAGCCAUGGAAGAUGUCAAGCAAAGACGCAACGAAAUUGUUGAGUUGGAGAACAAUAUCUCCAUUCUUCAAGAUAUCUUUUUAGAUAUGCAGCAUUUAACAGAAGUUCAGGGCGAGAUGGUUGAAAACAUCGAAAAUAAUGUGGAAAAUACAAAGGCUCAUGUCGACCAAGGUGCAAAAAAUGUGAAAACUGCUGUCGAGUACAAAAAAAGUGCGAUGAGAAAAAAGAUUUGUGUUGCCGCCAUUUUGAUUAUAAUAGUGCUCAUCCUCAUUAUUGUUGCUAUUAUUCUUGCUGUAACGUUGUCAGGAGGCGGUAACAAGAAUAAUAGCAAUAACAACAACUAA